AUGUCCUCCUUGCAGCCUCAGCAACAACAGCCUGCUCUUGUUUACCCAAACAACGUGAGAGGACAGCCGUCGUCUUCCCACCAUUCAAAUGGCUCAUUUGGGACGGUUUUCAUUGUGCUGGCCGUUAUAGUUGUCAUAUCAGCCAUUGCUUGCUUUCUUGGACGGCUCUGCAACCGCCGCCUCCACAACUCAAAACCCAACAAGCAACCGGCGCACAACUUUCGUCCCAGCAAAAAAGAAGCUGUAGUGGAUCAUAACCGCAUGGAGUUUGGGAAUAAUAAUAAUCCCAGCUUUCGUGCCCCAAAAGACGCAGACAUCGAAUUCGGGUUUGAGAAGAAAAUCCCAAAUGGCAAUGGCAGCAGAUCAGAGAGCAGAGGAUACAUGAACAAUCACAGCAAACCACAUCAUGGAAAUGGUGAUCAUCACAUUCACAUGAAAGGUGAAAUGAAGCAGCCUGGUGAUCAUGUUGUGAUUGGAGAGCCCCGAGCCACUGGAUGA